AUGGGUAUUGAUAUCUGUCAUAAAUACGAACGUAAGGCUCGCCGUGUUGUUCCAAAAUCACAAGAUCCAUACCAACGUCUUUUGGCUAAGGUUUACAAAAAUCUUGCUGUCAAGACUGGAUCUAAAUUUAAUGCUAUCAUAGCUAAACGUCUUUGUAUGUCAAGAAUCAAUCGCGCACCAAUCUCUGUUUCAAAAAUUACCAAGUUUGUUAAAAGAGAAGGUAAUGAAGGCAAGAUUGUUGUUACAUGCUCACCGGUAGUCAAUGAUCCAAGAAUCGUUGAAAUUCCAAAAAUGAGAAUUGUCACUACAAAAAUUACUAGAGCCGCUCGUGCCCGUGUUAUUAAGGCUGGUGGAGAAGUUCUUACUUUUGAUCAACUUGCUGUUAUUGCACCAACAGGAAAAAAUACUCUUCUUGUUCAAGGAAGCCGUAACAACCGUGAAGCCGUCAAACACUUUGGAGCUCCAGGUGUUCCAGGAUCUAAAUCAAAACCAUUCACAACAUCUAAAGGAAGAAAGUUUGAGCGUGCUCGUGGUCGCAGAAAGACUUGCGGAUUCAAGGUUUAA